GUGAAUAGACACGGCCUAUAUAGCAUUAGUAUACUAGUGCAAUGUCAACUUUUUGCUCUUUUUAGUGCUGAUGUGUACGUUGAAAUGAGUUCUUUGGUGCAACAACAGCGUUUUGUUGCAUGGAAUCGGGCAAGAUGUCGUAUGAAGACUAUAGAUAAUCGAAUCUAACUCACUGGAUAAUGCGCAGAUGUUGGAAAGCUUUGUAUUGUAUCGUACGUACCAGCUUACCUGCUUUCUGCUGGGUCUUUGUUCGAACAUACUGUAUUCUUUCAUGAAUCUGGACUUAUAUGACUUUUUGAAAUAUCUGGGAUUAAGCUACCAUGAAAGUCAUGUGGUAUGGUACUUUCUUAAAAGAAUCAACUUGUUCCUAGCUGUUUUGGUAAUCGCUGGCACUUUGCUAUUUGCGUCUGUGUCCACAUCGUCGCUAUGCAGAUACAUUUGGUUACUUUUUAUGUUGUACACCGCAUUGGCCAGUUACCUGUGGUUCUACGGUGAGUCUGGACCGCGCUUUAACGGGACUAUACAAUGGAUUCUUGUAUGUAUAUCCAUCGUGUCUAACGUGGUACAGUGCGAGUCUUUGUUUUAUGCUCAGCAUGCUUAUACAGGAGGAGGACCUAGAGGCAGGUCCAUCCGUCUGAUGUUAUUUCUAAUGGGUGCAUGUCUGUCGAUAUGGAUACCGAAGGGAUCGUCAUUCGUUCACUUAAGUGGUUGUGAGGUAUUUUUUCCUGGAUCUCGUAGUACGCCAGUGCUAAUAUACAAACUAAUGCCCAUGUUCUGUCUAUUGAUUUUAUUUACGGCAGCAGUAUUCACCUGGCUUUCAUAUCAACUACCAGACGAAUCCGGGGAUAAUUACCCAUCUUACUCAGUUGACGGCUCGACAAAGUACUUUUCCAAAUAUGAACGUUGGCAUCUGAUACUUUUAACCGCAUUUGGUUGGGCCAUAUCACCAUUUUGCGGUAUUCUCUCCACUUAUAUAUCUACCAAGGGUCGUAUCGGUGACAUAAAGCAUACGGUAGUUAUUCAACACAUCAUUUUUGUAUUGAUAAUAAUGAUUGCUGUGGCCAUCUUGAGGUGGCUGCCUGUAGAUCGUAUAAACGACGUUGACUGUGACGUUAACAGUUUAAGGAAUGCUGUGUUUGCCGUCCUUAAAGCUCGAUCAGAAACAUAUGACGAUGAGGAGGAGAAAGUGGAGAUGGGAUGGGCUAAUCAAAGUGAAAAGAUGCAUUUAUUUAAGCGAGUAUUCCGUGAAAACCAACCGUGGUCUCUCUUACCGCGUGGUUACUGGGACAGAUGGAUUGAGUUUGACUACGAAAGUAAUAAAUGGUUGACUGACUACUUGGUGAUGUAUUUUUUGCUUCUUGAGGCAAAGCUUGGUACUAUUAAGUCCACCGGUACAUAUGGUUGCGCUAAUGAUUCAUAUACUUCAGUAUCAGAGCGUUAUUCAAUUUUGAAAGAGGUCAAAGAUAUGUUUUGCUGGGCGAUCAACGAUUUUGUAGGCCAAUACAACCGUAUUUUGCGAUCGUUUAACCGUGAGAUUCAGACGAACUCUAGCUGUUCAUGUUGUAUUUUUGACAAAUUAGAAACUAUGUGGAGAUCACAUUCAAGCUGUGUUGACAAAAAGCAGGUAAAAAUUUGUACCAACUGCAUUUAUAAAGAGCCUGGACUUAGAAGAGGGUGCGUGCAAUUUAUGCAGGGUACAAUUUUAUGUUGCAUGGAGGACGUGAAAAGUCUAGACAGUGAUAUGAAGAACUGUCCUUUGUUAACCAUUCCGGAUAAAGAGGUAAAUAACUUGCUGUUCAAAAAAGCAGUAGAUGAAAUUGAACGUAUCCUGUCUGCAUACCUGGACUUGAUGUUAUUAUGCACCAUAGCCAACGAAUGGUUACUUUUAUCAAGGUCACUUCGAUACGUGCAUAGAGAGCUGUUUCUUACUAUAAGUAAGGAGGAUGUGGAAUGGGAUUGGGAUGAAGAACGUGAACAUGAUUUACAAGCGUCGUCAUCAGUUCCAACUCCACCCGCUAAACCUGCAGCACCAACUGAAGUAAAAAAGGGAUCUGAAUUACCUAGCGAACAACAAAAGGAAACGGUAUUAACCACUGUACCAACAAAUGAUCCUGUAUCAACCAAUGGGCCAAAAAGUAAAGCUGCACCAACCAGUGAACCAAAAAACGAACCUGUGCCAUCCACUAAACAACCAAAGAAACUUGAACCAACCAGUGAGCAACAAAAGGACUCUAAAUCAACCAGUGAGCAAACAAAGGACGCUGCAGCAUCCACUGAACCAAAAAAGGAGUCUGAAUCAAGUGAGGACACCAAAGAUGAACCGCAGAAACCUCAUUGCAAAGGUUGUGAUUUAUUUACCAAGAUGCUGGGCUGCGCUUCCCUCAUCCAUAAAAGGCAAUGCGAAAUGAUACCUCAUAUGUCAACUUCAGGAUUCAACGUUUUGAAAUCGAGGUUGCCUACCAUGUGCCACAUACGUGCAUUACGUCUUUUGUCAACCAGCUAUGCCCUGUAUUACAAUGCUAAUUUCGAACCGCAAAAUAAUGGAACGGGAACCACUAAAAACAUCUGGCAUUGCAAUAGCUAUAACCCACAACUCGAAGCAUUAAUCGAUGAUUUGAUGUCUGAUCUAGAGUCAUUGUCUAACGGUGAUCAGAUUUUGGGUUGUGCUAUAUCGCUUCUCUCGUCCAACAAAAAGGAUCUGUUGAAGAUUCCAUCCAUCAUUCUCGAGAAACUCAGUCCCUUAAAAUUAAACAUAAAUAAAGCUGUCGAUACUGCUAUUCAAUCUGGAUGGUCUUUACUAAAUUGGUUAUCUGUUGGUUUUAGUUACGAUUAUGAGAAACAGCGUUGUGAAUGUAAAGAUAAAGAUCAAUGUGCCAAGGACAACUGUUGCAAUAAGGCGGAUUGCAAAUACCCUAAAUGUCAGUGUAUACAUUGUAUGGCUGAUGAUCCUUGUGAAAAGAUCAAUGACAUAUUUAAGAAAUGUGAAUGUAAUGAGGCUCCAGAUGAGGAAAAAAGAUGUUUUCUGACGGAGGCAAAGUUGAAUCCAUAUGAAUUGUGUUUAUGUGAAAAGGAUAUGAAAGUGUGGAAAUGUCAUGGCACAUCGGAUGAGUCAAAUUGUAAGGAUAUGAUUACGAAAUGUGGUGAUGCUGUAUCUAAGUGCAGUGGCUGUAAUAACCUCAUUGGAUCGAUAGCAUCACUCACGCAUAUGUUAUCGUGUACUGUAUACUGCUUUAUCAAGAGCAACUAUUGCAAAUCUAAUGAACACAAAAAGGAGAAAUAUUCCAUCUACACAAAUAUUUGCUCCAUCAAGCAAUUUUUAACAAAGUUUAAGAGAUUUGUAAGAAAAUCCAGUAAUAAAGAAAAUGUUGUCACAAAGCCAAAAUGCGUUAAUAAGAUAACGUGCUUUGUGAUGAAUAUGUUAUAUAAUUCUUCAGAAGGCUCUAAGUCUAAAACUCGUUCCAAAAGCAGUGAUACUUCGACCCACUGUAUCGGUUGCACGCUGGAUUCCCUGCAUGGAAAACGGAAUAAACUGGCUGAUAAACAUACAUCAUGUUUGUUGCCUAGGUGCUUGGCUGAUAACGUAAAAUUAAUUUCCCCGUUUUGUGAUUCCAUAAAGAACACAAUUUGUUCCAUAUGUGAAUCGAUUAAGAUUAUAAAGGAAGACUCAAAAUGCAUAGGAGUAUUACAUUCCAGUAUCACUGAAAUCUACAAGUUGUUGAUAUGUGCGACGUGCGCUUUAGUUGCUUCAGCGUUAUCCAAGGCUAAGGCGUUGUACAGUUGUCUGAAAGCUACUGUUGACCGGCAAUCGAGCAAUGUGCAAAACCUUACCGCUGCGUGCCGAAAUCUUGAGUAUAGGCAAAACAGACUAGGGUAUCGAAGUUUGUCAUACACGUCAUCACUCAAUCAUCACUACACUACGAUCGAUGAUUGCUCUAGGCUGAUGGAUGACAUUGGCACGCUACUAUCUGACGUUUACCAAAGAACUAGGAACGCCACUAUUCAUAUAGAUAUUGCACGUAAAAAUUCGCACAUGGUAUCUAUGAAACGAUUAAUCUGCCAGUUUUUUUCUUAUCUAUCCAAGGGUUGUCGCACAGAACGUGAGAAGUUGUUUUACCACUCCCUAUGGAUGAACUGCAUACUCAUCCUUUUAUUGAUAGUAUGCUGCAUUGGGAUGACCACGGUCCCAGCAUUGAGAAUUCUUGGGGAUCUAUUAUUUUAUCGGGUUUUGGCUAUUACCACUGCCAUAGUAGCAGCAGUGCUUGUUUUGGUCGGUUUGACUACAUUUGCAAACAAUCCACGUCGUGGAGUCUACUUAAUGAACGUUUCAAUCGUUCUAGGCAUUUUAAUGAGUAUUGCAAUAUCAUGGUUCUGCCAGAGUUACGCAUACAAUUGGCGUAUCAAGUCCCAUUUUUUGGAUUACAGCCGUCAACACCGUGUUCUCCACCCUGAUUAUAUUGAUACCACAAUCAAACACACUGGUCUAUAUUCUCAGGGAUUGCGUAGUGUAGUAAAGGCUGACUUUACGGCACUGUGGAACUUGUUCGCAUCAGGAAGUAUGACAUACGAUCGCAGCAUUUUCAGCGUCAGUUUGGCACCCAAGCUCGACCUUCAUUCUGUUGCAAAGCUUGAUAUUUUACGAACGUGGCCUCUAGCGCGUAUCAACUAUCGCAUCAAAUCCUAUGUCCUGCGUAUGAUGAAGACUAACAUUUCACUGUUGUUUGACUAUUGUUCUUUUGCUCUCGGAGAGACCAAAUUCUGGAACUUCGUUACAGACAUCCCGACCGGUAGUGAGUUUGUAUACUCUCGUGAUCUUCUUUGGGAAGCUUGGUCUCGAGGUUCUGUAAUAACGCGCGGCCAUAACUUACUUUAUAUGGUAAUGCUUGAGGCACUAAAUGUUGUAAGCCGCGAGGUCAUGGACUCCUUUGGAAGCGGUGGUUUCAAGAGCUUGUGUGCUGAAAGGGUGUUGAUAGGGUUCCAGAAAGCACAUUUAUCCGAAAUGGCCGGUAAAUGUAUUGACAUUGCUUACAUGCCCAAUUAUCCACGUUACCCACAGCAACGCAAUGCAUUGAUUUCUUUGUUUGCUGACCAGUACCGUAGCUAUUGGUCUUCUUGGUCAAAAGAAAGUAGUGGUGCCACUACCUCAAAAGAGGGUGAUGAAGAAGACGAGUAUUCAAUAGAUGACGUGAGAAUAGGCCUGUAUAACUGGCAGGUUCGUAAAAAGAAAAGUUGUUUGGAUGAUUACAACGACAGUGAGAAUUGUUACUCUAUUGUCUACCUAACAGUUACGCGUUUCCAAGGUUACCUACGUUCUCUCGAUGCAGACAAAGUAUUUACCACUGGUGCAGAGGUUAUACAAUCAUUUGAGACAUAUUGCAAGGGUCUGACUGACGAGGUUGAUGACUACUUCAUUGAUACGCCGAAAGUUACACCGCUAAUGGACGAUCACAUGGAAUCUCAAAUUAGUGAUAACAUAUCGUUGGAUGUACACUCUCAGUUACGUGAUACUUUGGAUGCUUUGAGCGGGCUUACUAUAAUGGAAAAUGCUGACUUAGACUGCGAUCGUGCUCAUGAGCGCCAUUUUCUGGGAGAGUGGCUACGUCUUAACGCUAUCAAUGUAAGUAGUGAUACUGUACAAGUGAUGCUUAGUGCAUCUAACGUCUGACAGAAACUUGCGUCGUUAGGUUUACCUUACUUGGCAUUAAUUUGUAUACACUGUAUU